AUGGAGGAGCUGAAUCCCCGUAUCUCUGGGCGGCCCGAUGAUGGCUUCGAAGAUAAAGCAGAACUCACCUCCUCCCACCAAUCCGUGUUGUGGUUCCACUACCGGUACUUUGCUGUGGGCCGCUUGCCGCCGCUGGUGCGGGAGCUUUGCUUCAACCGCCCAACCGAGGCACUCGAUGAGCGCAUGCUGAAGGUGCUCCACGAGAGUGACAACCAGAUAAUACUGGAGGACGAGUGGAGGGACGCGUACUACGCGAUGCUGACGGAGAAACUUCCCUGGGCCAAUCCCAACGUCAACGACCGCACGAUUAAGAAAAGCUUUGUGUUUUUCCGACGUCUUUUGGAGUCGAAGUGCAAGAUAACCCGCGUAUUUGCGUGGUGCCCACAGUCGAACACGUUCGAGCGGUGCGUGAUUCCCUACGGCAAUGCAGCCGAGCUUCCGGAAUCGUUGGAGCACCUGCCAGCUCCGGGGUCCAAGUUGCGUGUGGUCAACAUGGGCGCUCCAAGACCUGCAGUAGCCCCCGACGCCGCUGCCGCUGCCGAUGACCCUCAACCUGAACCUGAUCCCGCGCUAGCCGUUACCUUCUACCAAUCGCCGCACUUGUUUUUUGGGCACAACCUGAAAGAGUGGGUGUAUUACCUGGUGCGCUGCCACAAGGGAGGCGCAUCUGUGAACGACGUGAAGCCCUAUAUGUCAUUGCCGUACAAGGUGGUGACAAAAACGUUGUCUAGCCUUGCGGCGGCCAAUGUUCUGUCGAAGGUGAUCGCGCGAGACGGCAAAUUGUUGAUGCACAUUUACUCCAUUCCAGGCGGCGAAGCGAUUGAGGUCAGAGCCAAUCAGGCCCAAUCCGCUACUGCUAAGGGAAAGGCACAGACGACCGCUGCUUCUGCGGCGACAGCUGAGCAGUCGAACGAGGAGUCACGCCCUGCUAAAAGGCAAAGGAAGCCUCACACAAUUGGAGGGGUGAGGAUUAAUGCAGACGAUGAUGCGCAUGUCGUGCCGCCGCAACCGACUCCAAGUGGGCCUGGCGCAGCCACCGGUGUGAGGGAGGACGCACCCGAAACUACCAGCGCACCAAACUCAAGCACUGUAGUGCCCGAGUUGGAACCUAUGAACAAGCGCUACUGCGUUUGGCUCACGAGUGAGCGCUCGCUGUACCCUAACGAAGCGGCGUACGAGGAGCGUUUCAAGGCGCUGUUCGGCACAGAAUGCAACCUGCCGAAACAUGUAAACACGGCGAUAUUCCGCAGACGCAUGGUGCUGUUAUCGGACUACGUGGAGGACUUCCAAGCGACCUCCUGCAACAACAUCUCCGUGAUGUACGGUGACAUGGAACCCCAUACCGGGAAGACGGUCGACCGCAAGACAGUUUUGCGCGUGGGCAAAUACGUGCAAGAGAACCGACCGCAUAUCUGUUUGACGCAAGGUCACGAGCUGAAGGGUGUGUCAUACUCGCUGGUGGUGCUGUACGACUCGCGUCGGUUGAACGCCUUCAAGGCGUUCCAGUUGGUGAACAACGAGAUAACGAAAAGGCGCCAGAUCAAAUCCACGCUCACGGCGCACCUACGCUAUCGCAUUAACGAGUCCUUCAAGAGCCCAGAUUCUUUGCCGGCGCCCCCCAAGGAUGCAGUGAAUCCCGCUCCGGAGUUCACUACGGGGCCCAUGCAUUUGAUGCCGACCACGCUGGUGAAGGAUAUUGCCGUGACCAUGAAGCGCGCUCGGGAGACUGAAAACAAACCCAGGCGGGCCUUCAGCGCUAGCAUACAGACUACCAACGGUUUCAUCCGGCCAAUUGUGACGCGGGUGAAGUGCUUGCACAGCUAUUUGUUGGAUUUUGCGGGCGACGGCAGGAAAUUCACAGCGACUCAGGCGCUGCAGAACAUGCCAAUAGACCUCUACCUGCAGGUGAUUGGCUGCGGUUACCCGUUGCGGAACGUGUAUGAUCUGCUUGAGGGCAACAUCUUACGCGUCCAUCUGGAUGACGACCUGUACAACGCCUUGUACCUGAAUUCCGGGGGCCGUGCAGCCAUUCAAUUGCUGCGCAGGCUGUUGGCUAUUCUGUCCGGUAUCGGGCUAGUGAGGGUCAUAGCGACGCCAGUUGAACGUCCUAACGACAACGUCGUGCCUGAGUGCACCCUAGAGUGGGAGGUCUGCCGUAACGUGGCGCUGCGCAGCCUCGAAGACGAAACCCAAGUCGUGGCUAGAUUCAACAUGUUCAAGGAAGCCGACGGAUUUUGGGAAGCUUUGCGGGCUGAGGUCGAAGCUUACUCUUCGCAGGAGGGGAGGGAAGUCCCUGAUCACAUGCCCAUACAAGCCCUCUUCAACCCGAAGCAGUGGAAGCGGUCGGCCUUCUUCAGAAACGUGUAUCACAGCCACAUCGACGGCACCAUCACCAGCUGGCUCCGCCUGACCUUUCACGGGUUGGAUUAUCGCAAGCUGGCCAAGGUCAUGUACAUGCCGGACUACUUGAUGGACCUGGUCUGCCAGAACUACAACGUCUCCCACGACCAUCUCUACAAGCAUCUGUCGCACCGUAUACGGAACAUCGGGGUUCAGUCCGCGCACAUUGGCGUCCCGAAGUCCGCUGUGAUUUACGCGAAGAAUAUGAGCGUGGACGAUGAGUGCGUCUGGUUAGCCAAAUUUGUUUUGGCCGAGCGCAUGUGUAACGCGAUGUUCUACGGGAAGCUGAAGGACUCCAAAAACCAAUCAUUCUGCUCCCCGGUUACAUGGGGAGCGCUUCGUCAGAAGAUGAUCACCGCCAUGCGGUCCGAAUCGGCUCAUCGUAAGCGCCACCGAAUUGCAGCGGGGCCGCCAGGAAGCGACCAGGUCACCAAUUCAGCAGAGGCAGCUCCCGCAGGAUCAAUCACACCGUAUGAUAAAGAAUGGCGCAGGAAGUUCAACGAUGGCGACACCGACCCCGCGGAACUUGGAGAGCUCUAUGCUAAAGCGCUCGAGUACAAGAAUGUUAUGCGAAGUGAGGAUGACCUUCCCAAGGUAGACUCGAUAGACUCGAAAUCGACCAUCAGCGAUGUGUCCGAUUCAGACCCGGAAGAAUCUGAAUUAUCCGGUGACUCGGAUGUCGAGCUUGAAACGACUGAGCCGCAGCCGUUGGACCGCAUUUGGACGUUUCUGUCGCUCAUGUUCGAUGGCAAGUUCAAUGCAGCGGCGUGUCGUUAUGUGUUCGAGUACAUCAUCGGCAAGUCGCUAUUGAGUCCCCGCAUGCUCCGGCGUAUGCGCCAAUUGUGUUCGAGUGACGUGUACAUCUCGCUCAAGCACCACAGCCACAUGUACCGCAUUUUGACCAACGAAAGCACGGCAUACGACCACCUCAAGUGCCACCUGAAGAGCCUGCUCUUCAGCCCCAUCAUGUGUAUGCGCCCGUGGUUUUUGAAGUCGGAGCCUGACUUCCGCCGCGGCCGUAACAUUCUGCGUCAGUGGUGCGAGAAGGGGUGGGUGGUGAACACCAAGGAGAGCACCAACAUGUACACGUACUUCAAGCUGAGCACCUUCGCGAAGGGGCGAUUGUUCGGGAAGUACUCGGAGUAUGAAUUCAAUUACAACUUGUUGGAUUCGCACAUCGUCAUGUACCGGGGCAGUUUGGCUGCCUCGGCUAUAGCAGCCAGUGACAGCGAAAGGCAUCAGAUCCCCGGAAGCGAAUUGGGAGCGUCUAUAUCACCUGCGUUCACCCCCGGUUUCAUGCGUCCAUCGGAUGAGUUGAGCAUGCAUGACAUUUACAGCAUGAUGAAUCACUUUGUGAACGGGAAUCUCUCCUUCCUGCCUUUAUGGGGGCCCGAAGACGUGGAAGAGCCGCCUGUGGCUAAGCGAGUAAAGGUAUCGUAUGAGCGGUUGAAUGAUGGCGGUAUAUCCAGGCACCUCCGCGAUUGCACGCCCAACGUGCCGACGGUCGUAUCGGUGACGGUUGGCCUGUGUGCGCCGUGUCCUAUGCCGCAACUCCCCAGGGUCAACAAAUCUGGGCCCAAAACGCGUGCUCAUAACGAGAACUUUGCCUAUGAACUGGAGCGCAAUCGUGAAAUUGUCUGUGGUGGUCGGAUUUCGGAAGUGCUGAGUCCCAUCAGCUGCUCGUCGCGGUUAUUCGGCAGCCGCAUCAGCUGCCGAUAUCCGCUAUGCAACUUCGAAUAUUCUACGGACCGCGACCGUGGCUGGUGGGCUGGGCGUUCGUUCACCUUGGUGCCAGUUGUCGAGAAAGCUCUGUUUGCGGAUGCUCGUAGCAGCCAGCAGGGUAAUCGCGCUGCAGGUGCAGCUCCACGUUACACGGGUCAAACGUAUAGUAAGGGUUACAAGGGCGCGCUGCCAAUAUACGCCUAUUUCCCCCAGCCUACAUUCGGAGCACCGGGCCAGAUGGCUCCGAAGCCAGCGCCAAAACCGAUAGCAGCGACACCGUCAUUAGGACUGUUGUCCGACCUGCUGGUGCGCAUGAUUCGGUCGCUGUACGGCACUCCAGUGUUGGAGUUGGAGGAUCGCUUGUUAUACUUGGAGACUGGGGUGUACCGUGUGGUGUGCAUGGUGCAGGUCACCGAGAGUUAUGGUAUCUUAGAGUCGGAUUUGUUCGCCAAGUUUGCUUUGCUGUACGAUGUCGUAUUCAAGGAUGAGCCUGUGGUGAUCAAUAAGCAGAGCACGACGUUGCUGCGUGCGGCCUUCGAGGUGCUAGUGGCAACAGCGGAGGUGCUGCGUUUCGUGAGCCGUGUGCCUCGUAACGAGGAGUUCGCGUACUACUACUGGGCGCACUGCGAGGCGACGUACGUGAAGCGGCAACGCAUCGUGGGCAUCCGUUUCCACGGAACCUACCAGACGCCAGAACCGGAAGAGGUCACGGCAGUCGUAUUCGAGCGCCCCGAGUACAUCCCCCCGCUGCUAUGGAUGAUAUACGAGGAUCCCGCGGCGCUCAUGCUCACGCCGGAGAAGCUCGCCGCGGACCUAGGAAGGCUCGCGGAGCUAGUAUGCGACACGGAGGUAUUCAUACGCUACCUCGAACAUAGGUUGAAGUCGCCACUGUGCAGCUUCGUAUCGCUAGACGGGCAUUUGAACCGGGUGUUGGUGUCAUUUCUGAUGCUACGCAUAGCUUCCCUUUUGAAGACCGUUCCCGGGCAGACCGUGGUUGAGGUGUGGGAGAAACUGGUGAUCCUCGACCUCUGCGAGGUGAAAUUAGUGAUACAGGGAAUGAUCGCGCUGGGCAUAUGCCAUCGGAAGCCGCUAGCGUCGUCGUUCACGCGUGGUGUCGCCCGUAGUGGUGUGGAUUCCGGAGCGUGUUACCUGCACUUCCUCAACGAAGAUUCCAGCUGGCUGCAGAAAUUCUACCACGUACUAUACCCGUAUACGAACACGAAGUAG